AUGCAGCCACAUUCGUGUAAGCACCUGAGGUUACACCGGCGAGCAACAGCGAGGUACAUACCAUAUACCGGAUGCCAUGUACCUCCUAUGGAGCCAUAUCCACGGCAGCUAUCGCCGGCGGCCCGGCACUAUGGAGAUCCGCCCAUCGGCCAUGGCAAGGAAUCUGGAACACAGAUUACCGGUGACGCUCGAUCAGCACCAUCCACCAAAGGCAUCGAAGGCAUCGAAGGCAUUGAGCACGCUCAUCCGACUCCACUGACGGCCAUGGAUGCUUUUACACCCUCACCAGACCAGGCACGGGCACUUGUUGCCGUGCUUGCAGCACAGUGCACCCAGGGCUUCGGGUCCAUGUCGGCAUCCGUGUACGACACGGCCUGGCUAUCCAUGAUACACAAAUCUGGCGACUGGCUAUUUCCAGAAUGCUUCGAUUUCAUCCUCGAUGAACAACUUCCUUCAGGUGCAUGGGAGUCGUACGCCACCCCCCUCGACGGCAUUCUCAACACUGCCGCGGCACUGCUAGCCUUGAAAAAACACCUGCAAAAGUUGGAUUCCGAGCGGCGCCAUGACCACCGUCAUGGUGACUGGCUGUUGCGGAGCCACCGAGCCGAAGCAGCCCUCAAAGAGAUGUUGCAUGGCUGGGACGUUGAAUCCACAGACCAGGUGGGCUUCGAAAUCCUUGUCGUCUCGCUUCUGACCCUGCUCGAGAAGGAGGCCGGUGUCUCGGUAGACUUCCCCGGCUAUGGUACCCUGCGCGCGCUUCGGGACGCCAAAUUGGCCAAGUUACCGCCGUCGACACUGUACAAGAUGCCGUCCACCUUGUAUCAUGCGCUAGAAGCAUUCAUCGGCCACAUUGACUUUGAUCGUGUUCGACCAUGGCGGCAGGCAGAUGGUUCUAUGAUGGGAUCUCCAGCAGCCACGGCUGCGUAUCUCAUGAAUUCUUCCACCUGGGACGACGAGGCCGAGGCAUACCUGCGGAGAGUGUUGCAUCGGAAGCAAGCAAGUAAAGCCAAUCACGGGAGCGUGCCAUGCGCGUGGCCGACGACGUUAUUCGAAGUUAGCUGGGUGCUCACCGCACUCUCCGCAGCUGGGAUCGUCAUUGGAGAUGCCCAGAAAUCGGUUCUUGGAAACCUGCUACGAGAGACUCUCCUAGCGCAAAAAGGCCUUCUCGGGUUUGCCCCUGGAAGCCUGCCCGACGUAGACGACACAGCCAAGGGGAUAGAAGCACUGAACUAUCUCGGCCAGAGCGACAGUGUCGGUGUUGACGGCCUCAUCCAAACAUACGAGGCUGCCGAGCACUUUAUGACAUAUCCAGGCGAGCGCAACGCCAGUUUCAGUGCUAAUUGCAACGUCCUCAUCCUUCUUCUGGUGCGCAACGACCGAGAUCAGUAUGUCUCGCAGAUCGCCAAAGUCACUCGCUUCUUGACGCAUAGUGUCCUGGAAGGACAUGUCAAAGAGAAAUGGCAAGUAGACGGUUCCUGGGACGGGGUCUGCGAAGUAACCUCGUACGCCAUCCUAGCCUUGUCAUCGCUAGAAAAGCUCCCCUGGAUCCGACAGCUCGACACCGGCAGGAUCGUGGCCGGUAUGGCACUAGGCAAGGCCUUCCUAAAUUCCAACCGGGACGCGUGGGCCAAAGGCCGGCACCUGUGGAUUGAGAAAGUCACGUACAGCUCGCCUGUGCUCAGCGAAGCCUACUGUCUGGCAGCAGCGGCCGUUCCGCUACCUGCAACGGUAUACCCCCAGCCGGGGGCCAGCAAACCCCAGGCUGUCGUUUCGGUCAACAAGAAGGUCAUGAUGGGCAUGCGAAUGGCCGGUGGCCUCAUUGCACGCACGCCGCUGUUUUCCAAGACGGACCCAUGGUCUCUGCGCGUCGCCGAGAUGCAGGCCUACUUCUCCAUGCAGGCCUUGCAACGUCGCCAGGUUGAUGUUUUCCCCCGGACAGCAAAGGGCAAGGACAAGUAUCUAUUUAUCAUACCUCUGGCUCUCACGGCCAGCGCGCUCAAGGCCGGUGGUGGCCCUGGCGCGGUGAGCCACUCGGUGCUGUAUGAGAUGAUGGUCUUGUCCGUCUUGAACUUCCACGCGGAUGAAUACAUGGAGGGUGUUGUGGAGAAGCACUUUGAGGGGCGGCUUGACUCUGUCCGUGCUGUCGUUUGGGAGCUAUUCGCGGAGAUCCAGCUUGAGCCCAGCAGCAUUGCAGAGGGCGGCGUCGCAGCGGCUGUCAAUGGUCAUAACGGCAGCUCGGCUCGUGAGCAAGCUCGGGGAGACUCGCAACCAACAAUCGCAGACGUCAAGACUGUCCUUGGCCGGUUUGUGAGGCGUAUCCUGCACCACCCGGCGGUGCUCUCGAGCCCAACUAGCCUGCAAACCCGGCUGGCUUUUGAGCUGCAGACCUUCCUGCUCGCCCACAUCACCCACGCCGAAGACAACCACCGGCUCCGUGCGCAGUUGAACCAAGCUCAAGCAAUUAUCCACAAUGGCAACGGUAAUGGCCUCACUAACGGUCACGCCAACGGUAACUCCAAUGGCAACACUAACGGCAGCUUGAACGGUCAUAGCAACGGUUCCUCCAACGGUCACGCCAACGGUAGCGGCCACAGCGACGGCAACGGCCACACCAACGGCAACGCCACUCCUACCCCCUCCGCCACCUCCACAACGCCCACCUACCACAACCCAGGCCGCACAUUCUACCAUUGGGUACGCAGCACCUCAGCCGACCACACCUCGUGUCCCUUCUCCUUCGUCUUCUUCGACUGCCUCAUCCACGCGGCCGCAUCCCCCCAAGCCACCACCCCCACCCCAACCCUCUUCACCACCUCCACCCGCACCGCCUACCUCACCGAAUCCGCCGCCCGCCACCUGGCCAGCCUCUGCCGCAUGUACAACGACGCGGGGUCCUUGGCGCGCGACGCCGACGAGCGCGCGCUCAACUCGCUCAACUUUCCCGAGUUCACAUCCACCUCCACCCCCACUCCCACCACACAAGGCCACAAACGCAAACGCGACCACACGAACGAAAAGGACGGGUCAGAGGACGGUGUCAAGGGCCCCAAAGACGAACUCCUCUGGCUCGCAAGUUAUGAGCGGCGCGGGCUAGAGACAGCGACCGAGCUGCUGGAGGCCGAGUUAGAGUUGGGCGGGGAUGGAAAUGCGAAAAAUGCGAGGAGGCUGGUCGGGGCGCUGAGGCUGUUUGUGCGCGUGACAGAUCUGUAUGGGCAGAUCUAUGUGCUCAGGGAUGUGGGCACGCGGACGCGGACGGGGGGCAGUGAGUGA